AUGUCGCACCACGCCAAGAUUCGUGAUCUGCGCGAGAAGAGCAAGGAUGACCUGCUGAAGCAGCUCACCGAGUUCAAGAAGGAACUUUCCCAGCUCCGUGUGGCGCAGCAGCUCAACAGCGCUGGCAACCGUCUGGGCCGCAUCUGGCUCAUUCGCAAGAGCAUUGCCCGCAUUCUGACCGUGCUGAACCAGAACGAACGCGAGAACCUUCGCAAGUUCUACUCCGACAAGAAGCUUCGCAGCAGCAAGCCAAAGGCUCUGCGUGAGAAACUCACCCGUCGUCGCCGUCUGGCUCUGAAGGACAAUGAGAAGAACCGCAAGACCCGCCGUCAGCUGCGCAAGGCUCACAAGUACCCCAUGCGCGUUUUUGCUGUGAAGAUCUAA